AUGGUUUCGAUCCAGGGUCGCCGGAAGAUCGAAAUGAAGAAGAUAACAAAGAAAAAUAAUCUUCAAGUAAACUUCUCCAAACGUCGUUCCGGACUUUUUAAAAAGGCCAGUGAACUUUGCACACUUUGUGGAGUCGAAGUUGCGAUCGUAGUCUUUUCCCCUGCUGGCAAGGUCUUCUCUUUCGGCCACCCUCAAGUCGAGUCCACCAUCGACCGGUUCCUCACUCGAAGCCCUUCGGUUCAUAACUUUAACGCGUCGUACAAUGUCGUCGAAGCUCAUCGAGAUGCUAACAUCCGUGAGCUUAAUGCACAUCUAGCUCAACUCGUUGACAUUUUGGAAGUCGAAAAAAGAAAGGGACAAGCACUCGAUGAAGUAAGGAAAGCUGGCCAAAGGCAAUGGUGGUGGCAAGCUCCGAUCGAUGAACUCGGAUCGAGUGAGCUUCAGUUGCUGAGAAAUGCGCUCCAGGAGCUGAAGAUGAAUGUGGAGAAACAAGCUGAUUUGCUGCAGGCAGCGGUUGAGUGCAGCAAUUGCUGGCCAAUUUUGGCCCCAAGUGGUAUCGGAAGUAGUGGUUUGGGCAGUGAAGGAAAUAAUGAAAUGCAUACUUCUUCUCCAUUGCAUAAAUUUGAUCAGAGCCUAUAUUUUGAUUUUUAA